AUGUUCGUGCUAAGAGAGGCGCAGAGCUAUCAACCGAUCAUCUCCAUGGUGUUGGCACCUUCCGUCAGAAACGAUGGGCUACCAUGCGGAAACCGGAAAGCAACACUGAUAAACAACGUUCCACGACGGUUAGAACUCAUUCCACCGAAGAAAACCAGGGUGGACGUGGAAACCGGAAUAAACGGUGUCAAGUCGAGACAAUUUAACGUCGGUACUGGCUUCUUUCGUCAAGGCUGCAUUCUGUCCCCUCGCGUAUUUGUGUUACACAAGGACAGGAGAGUCAGGCUUAGCCACGUCGAGGAGUGUAUCAGCGUAGGAGAUGUGGAGACGAGACCUCUGCGGUUUGUAGAUGACUCUGUUUUGUUGCCCUCCCCAGAAAUGUAUCCAGAGGGUUCCCUGGAAAAGCUCGCAGCCGAGUGUGACCUGGCCGGCACGUCUAUGAAUCCGUCUAAAACGACAGGAAAAGCCUAG